AGACAUCCGUCCAUCCGUUACAUCGAACAUGCCGCAGCGACUUUAUAUACUGGCCUCGAUGUUGAUCAAAUCAAUACUUCUCACAGGCUAAACAUGUUAUCCACUACAACCACAAGCCCCUCGGUAUCCCACUUCGACCUCUUGUCGCUCUAUCAUGCGCUUUGGCAGCAGCAGGAUCACUCUGUCGUGAGGCGGUCGUCAUGCAAGGUUGUGGAUCUGGAGGAGAAAGAACAGACAUCCAACUUCGACACCAUCGAUCUAUCUGGACACCCUGGUGCCAAGUUACCAAACGGAGCGACCUCAAUGAUAAUUCGCCCGGCGUAUGAGACAUUGUUUCACGAGAUCUCUACGAAUGAGCGCAAUAUCGUCGUUCAUGGGUCCGCUGGUAUCGACAUACUUUUGCUAUUCGCCCUCGUCAGGCGACUUCUUGCGCGCCAGCCAGUCACAUAUCAGAUAGACCAGUCGGACUCGAGCGUCUUAUGUUUCACCGCCAACGGCUUCUUUGCUCUCCCGGAGGAGAACAGCGAAUAUCACCCUCUGUUCGACCCCACACAGGAAGACAGUGUCACGCAUUCGAACACAGAUCACACUCGUGCUUUGAUGCGGGGAAUUCGCAGCAAGGCCAUUUUCACCACAUUCUGGCCAGACAGUCUGGGUCACGACAUCGGAUGGUUGUCUGAAUACGAUGUCGCACUUAGGAAGUGGAUGAAACCGUGCACUUUCGACGAGAUAUUUGCGAUGAGCACUUUGACCCUCGACCAGCAUAAAGCCAAGUCUUUACGAUGGUCGUACAUCCAUUUUGGCAUCCGACCUGCAUUGCGCGAAUCCGAAGCCCGUUACAGCCGUAACCUCUUCGCUGUCGAACCUGGAAACGCUUGUGCAGAUCCACUGUCGUUCCCCAUAUCGCAAGUCGUUACCAGACUUUUUGCGGGCGAGAUCACCUCUGUGGACUCUGCCGGCGCUAAGGAGACUGCUGAUGUCCUCCUUAACUCAGAGGACACGAAAGAAGCGGGCGAGAUCUUCUACCGUCAUGCUGUCGUGGCACUCAUGUCCAGAUCCGGUGGGACUUUUACUCUCGGACGUCCUGAUUUGCGGGGCCAUUACCAUCCGGCACACGAAGAGCUUGUGCUGCAGCAAAACACGCACAUGACAAACGAGGAACAGCGGGCUAUGCACCCGAACUUUAUAUACUCCACCCGACGGGAACUCGCGACGUUGGCGGAAUACUGCCCGCAACUCCUGCAUACGCCACAACAUGCGCUCGUGCAUCCAGGCAUUGAUGCGGUCAUGUUCGAUGCCAGCAGCAUGUCAGUGUGGCUCGUGCAGGUAACGCACGGUUCCCCUCGCCCAGUUUCCCCUGAGGGUCUUCUCUUCCUACUGGACGUCGUACGGAAAACCCCUUACGAACCGUCUCCUACGCACCCUUGGAAAUUUGUCUAUGCGAUAAGGGGACAACCCACCAAUAUUUUCUUCCGCCUCAGCGGGAAGGAAAGAACGCAGCACUUUUCGAUGAACUUCUGGAUGCCACGCAUCAAACCAUAUGUGAUGCAACUGCGCGAUACACAUCUAAACGUCCAUCCUUCGGGCAACCCCUAUGAGCAAUGGGGUUUCCUUACAAAUCUUCUGCGGCACCUUGCGAAUUCGAUGACGCACCUCGUCCCAAAGUGUCGGUGCACAACCAAAUCUGGCACUACUCAGGACACGUUCACUUCAGACAUUAAUGGUACGAUUAUACAGGAGUCGGGGGUGCCAGGAGCUCAGUUACUUGGAGAGAUUGUGAAAGAACAAGAUCCAGGCCCGGUCGACCACUAUUUACGGGAUAAUGAGGAGACGAAUAGUUGGAGGGGGCGAUUCGCAAAG